GGUGUUCUUGUCCGUUUCAACACGACUGCACUUUCUUCUUGUGGCUUAAUAUCCUGCUGAUAUUCUGCAACAAGGUAGAUGGUUUAUAUGAUGUAAUGACACGACGUUGUUUGGCUUGUUUGUGCUGCAGAGAAAGACGUUGAGAGAUCACAGGAUGCACAUUUUGCAUGUGGUGUUGCUUUUGGCCUUUCUGGUCCUCGGCCACUCUUCACCUGCUGUAGACAAGAUGUGGGAGGAGUGGAAAGUCAAUAAUCGCAGGGUUUAUGACAACGAGAUGGAGAACAGCUUCAGGAGAGCGGUGUGGGAGAAGAACAUGAACCUGGUGCUGAAACACAACCAGGAGGCUUCAGAAGGAAAACACAGCUACACUUUGGGACUGAACCACCUGUCGGACAUGACAACCGAGGAGAUCAACGAGAGGCUGAACGGUGCGAGGCCGGAGGAGGUGGCAGCAACAUACUGAUGAGGACGUGUGGUGGCAUUUAAGGCUAAAUAUCACUCACAGCUUAAACAUACAAACAUCAACUGUGUAGGAUUUUGCUUGUAUGUGUUGAUGGGUUAAUAAAUAAUCAAAAUUGCA